AUGGCGACUACUACUUCCGAAACACUAGCACACAUGGACUCAACGACAACCCAGGAUACGACUUCACAUACUCCUCAGACCGGCAUCUUCAAGCACAUAUCCAGCAUCAUCCCCUAUUUCAAGAACCCACGACAUGUCUUGAUCCUCAAGCUCGACUGCCUUCUCCUCACGUGGACGUUCAUCGCUGGUAUCAUGAAGGAGAUGGACCAGUCCGCUACCACGCAAGCUUAUGUUUCCGGAAUGCGAGAGGCGUUGGGCUUGUAUGGAAAUGAGCUGGUCAUGUUCAAUACCUUUUUCUCCAUAGGGUAUGCCGUUGGGCUUGUUCCCGGGCAACUGGCUCAGACGAGGGUCCGACCUUCCAUCUUCCUUCCGACAUGUGAAAUUAUCUGGGGACUUUUCGUCUUGGUAACCUGCCAAGCCAAAAGCGCAACCACAGUCUACGUCCUUCGCUUCUUCCUCGGUCUCUUCUCCGCCGUCUUCUGGCCCAGCGUCGUCUCUCUCAUCUUCAACUGGUACACUCCCAAGGAGCUUGCCUUGCGGAUCGCCUGCUUCAACGUAUCCGACGUAGCAGGCGCCAUGUUUCUCGGCGCUCUCCAGGCAGCUCUAUACCGCAAUUUGAACGGCGCUCACGGGAUCGCGGGAUGGCAGUGGUUGUUUAUCGUUUCGGGAGUCAUCACCAUCGCUCAGGGAAUCGUGGGGUUCUUUGUCAUUCCGGAUACGCCUGCGUACACUCGUGCCAAGUGGUUGACGGAAGAUGAGAAGAGACUCUCCCGUGAGCGCAUGGGAGACUUUGGCGCCAAAACUUCAAAGCUGAUCCCGACUUCGGUUCUGAAGCAAAAGUUGCGCAAGCUGAUUACUCACCCUGUUACUUUCUUCUUUCUCUGUGCAUUCGUCAUGAACGCAUGGGCACAUCGAGCAAACGCGUACUUUGUCCUGUACAUCGAAAGUCUCAAGGAUAGUGCAGGCAACCGCAUCUACAGCACAUACCAAGUCAACAUCCUUCCGUUGGGCGGCUAUGCCAUGCAGAUCUGCACCAACCUGAUCCUCAACGGCCUGUCGGACUGGAAGCACUGGAGGUGGCAGAUUAGUUCAGGCUGUGCCUUUAUGCUGGGCAUCAUGCUGAGUGUUCUCUGCGCCUGGCCAUCGGACAACAAGGUCGUCAUGGGGUUCUACUUCAUGACCUACGCUGUCAACGCAGGAAGCCCAGCCCUGAUGGCGUGGUUCGCCGAGUUGAUGCGAAAGGAGCCUGAAGCACGAUCCAUCGUUGUUGCUUUGACAGUCAUGAUCGUCUAUAUUGGGCAUGCGACUAUUCCUCUUCGUGCCUUUAGGGUUUCUGACGCGCCGCAGUAUCCGAUCGGAUUCCCGCUCACAACUGCGUUCUCGUUUGGAUCUGUUUUUGUGCAGCUUGGACUGCUGUGGUGGUCUCGGAGGAACCCUCAACUCAUGCAGAACGGUUAUGAGGGUUCUUCCAUUGAUUCAAGAGCAUCGGAUGAGGAGAGCUCUGGGGGCGUUGGAAGAGAUGGAGUGAGUGUUGAUGAGGGAGAUUACUCUACCAAGGAGAAGACAUCAAGCCCUGUUGUCUCAAAGCUCGAUGGAUGA